AUGCCCACCCACAACAUCUGCCCAGAUGGUGACACAACCCUAACCCUCACAACAACCAACCCCCCCACCAAACUCCUUGUCUCUUCCCACCACCUCAUCCACGCAUCUCCCUAUUACCGAGCCCUACUAACCGGACCAUUCAGAGAAGCCUCCAUCCUCCGUGCCAACGGCACCGUCAACAUCACCCUCACCGACGAUAACACCGCCGCAAUGAUUGCCGUGAUGAACGCGGUACACGGACGCUUCUUCUCCGUUCCAGGGAGGAAGAUCAAGCUCGAAUUGCUGAAGGAUAUCGCGGUUGUCGUGGAUAAGUAUGAGCUAUUUGAGAGCGUGAGUACAAUGUUGCAUACGUGGGCUAGUACAGUGAGGGUUGGAAAUCCGAGGGCAUCGCUGAUGGAUGUGGCGAAGUGGUUGUUGUGCGUGACUUGGGCGUUUAAUAUGAGUGAUGCGUUUCGGUUUGCGACGAAGGAAUUGGUGUUGGAUACGGGAAUGAAUGUGGAGGUGGAGGGGACUUGUGUGCCGUUGAAUGUUGGUGCGAGAAUAACAAGACGAAGAGCAGCUCUCCUGCAAACCGUACGCUCUAGGAUACAACGCUUCCGUGAUGCCGAAUACCGGCAUUCAGCCGUCUGCACUGUCUACUGCGAUGACCUGGUGCACGAGAAGCUCGAUGAAAUCCUGGGACUACUUAGUAAAGGGCCCAGGUCUGGAGUGAAGCCCCGCAUCAUCCGCAAGAUGGUUCACGAUUUGUAUGAGCACCGGAUGGACGGCCACCAGGUUAUUGAGAACUGCGCGAACAGGUACGUCUAUGUCCCGCCGCUGUGUAUUAGGCUUUUGGAGGAUCUGGAUAUGGAUAUUGGGCGGGAGUUUGAUCGCGUGACCGGGAUGAUUCUGGGACGGUAUAAGGGGGAUGCCAAGAGGAGGGUUGACUGGAUGGGGGGUGAUGUCGGUCUUGAUGCGAAGGCGCUCUGGCCGUAUGGACAGCAUCCUGAAGCUUCGUAG